CUCAGGUUUUUGACAUUCGACUAUUUUGUAAACAAAGUUUAUUGCAGUGGAGUUAAAUUUUGAGGAUUUUGAGUAUUUCCGUCAUGUCCAGGGAGGAGAAGCAGUUGGAAGCACUCCUGGAUGCUGUUCUAAGUCGUCUCAAUGACCUAAAACUAUCAAUUGGUGCAAUGAUACAGAAAAUAGAGACGGAAUUUGAGACAAUAAACUGGCCAACAUUCUUGGAUAAUUUUGCUUUAAUUUCCAGUCAUCUAACUGGCCUGUCCAAAAUCAUUGCAACGGAGAUGGGAGCCCCACUAAGAAAUCUAACCGUUCUCCCUCUGCUGCUAUCUCCGGAAAGGGAUGAAGCUCUGUGGCAACUCACCGAGGGAAGAAUUCCCGUGUUCUCCCAUGACAUGGUCCCAGAUUACCUGCGCACAAAACCCGAACCAACGGCAGAACAGAAGAUGAUGGCGCAUGAAACGAAAGCGAACAAUUUGAGUCCGGAAACAGCUGCCAAGCAGGUGGCUCAGUACCAGAAGAUUGUCUCCCAUGUCUUCGAUAUGGUCAGUAAGGCUCGUGAGGAGUGGGAAUCGGAUUCAUCGGCACGCUCUGGGGUCCAGCAGACCAGCAGUAUGGCAGACACGCAUGCCUUGGUUGCUGCUGUGAGUAUGGGGAAGAAUCUGAAGGUGAACAUCCCACCAGGAGUGGGUCCCAAUGGACCUGGAGGGCCCCCGGGGAUGGUGCCGCAUGCAAUUCGUCCUCCAGCUGGAAUGGCAGCUGUCAGCCCGUCCGGUGGUGUGGGGCAAAUGGGAAAAGCUCCCUCGGCAAUCAAGACCAACAUCAAGUCUGCAAACCAGAUUCAUCCCUACGGCAGAUAGGAAGAUCCUCAUUCCCUUUUAAAUUAUUUUAUCAUCACUAUUUUUUAGGUUUUUUUUUGUAUAGAAAAGAAGAAAAGGAAAGAAAUGCUUGAAGAUCACAGGGCGGAGCAAUUAAAUUGAUAAAAAAUUAAUUAUAAAAAAUUAUUUGAUAAGAUUUUUAUGAAUAAUAAAAAAAAAGUCUCCAAGUGGUAACAAUCUGAUAACCUAUGCGUAUGACCUACAACCUCAAUUAUCUUAAUUUUUUCAUCCCGAGUUAUUUUAUAAAUAGAAAAACAAAAUAAAUUCAAUGAAAAACAAGAA